GACCAUGGUGGAGAGUGUUGGAUCAAGCCUGGACCUGAGAAAUGGAUUCCUCAGAGCUGUAAGACUUGUGACCAUGUUGAGGACUCCACACACUGGCUUCAGAUUGAACCCUUGACUUCCACUGUCCAGGGAGUGACAAUGUUCAGACACAGGACACCCAAAGGGAGUUAUGAGUGCACAGUGUCUGGGCUCCGCUGGCUGUGUGAGAGAGAUGUCAUCCUGAAGUAUCACUUCAGGAACUGGGAUCCCUACAGUCAAUUUCUGAAAGACAUGCAGUACACACAAGGUGGUCCAUUGCUGGACAUCACUAUGGUGUUAGGUGAACUGGAGGAAGUUCAUCUGCCACACUUUGUCUGUUUAGGGACCAACCCUUCCCUGAGGAAUGAGAUGAAGAUUCUUCAUGUAGAGGAACAUGGAGUGUCUUUAGAGGAAGUGCAUGAGGUCACCAGAUUCCAUGCUAAGAUUCUCCAUCCCGAGUUCUCUCCUAUCUCUGUUACAUGGAAACCACGGUCUGAUAAGGAAAAUGUCCACUGUGACGUGGUCUUCUAUAUGGCAGUAAAAAACACAUCAUUAAUUUCAAGGCUGUACCUGCUCCUCAGUGACUCCAGUCAGAAAAAGGUCAUUGCUGUAAAAGAGAAUCGUGUCAGUCAACUUACCUGGUACACCUUUGAAAUAAUCUCCUGGUAA